GUUUAACAAACAUUUUGAAUGUCUCAAUCUGAAUGACGUGCACUGUAUGUCUACUUGAGGUGCUUCAGUCGAAAUUUGGAACCGCAGCGACGUCGGCGUUGUGACGUUGUGAUCCGAUAAUUCGCUUACUCAGGAAAAUGUAAGCAACUUUCUCGCUAAAAGGACCAACACACCAUCUUUGUAAACUUCCUGUUUCUCUUUUUUUUUUUCACACCAUACGAGGAGUCAUGUCGUAAUCAAGCGCCUACGCAUGACAUUUCCUGAAGACUUGAUUAAAAAUAAAAUAAAAAAAAAAGAACCGCGCUGCAUCACUUCCUUUUCCACCAGCACUCGUCAGCAGUUUGUCUUGUCGUGAUGUGACGCGACAGUGCUGGCGGGCGCCGCAUCAGGCAGGACGUGUUGGCAUCGAAUUGGGGUUCCGUGAUGCAAGUGGUCAUCCUUCUCUUCUGGUUCGUGUGCUCUCGCGCCGCUGGGGACUGCCAAGAGUCCAACUUUGUCAGCAACAGCCACCAGCGGCCCGGCAACUAUGGGAAGUGCAACUCUACCUGGAGAAAUUAUUGUGAAGAUGUCUUCUCUGUCUGCCAAGCUGAAAAUUCCUGGACCAGUUGUUAUGAGCAGAGGAUUGCAAACUGCAGACAAAAAGGACGAAUGGGGGGCGGCUCCAUUUUAAGGAACUUUGCUGACCCUUCCAAAGACUGGGAGGAGAGUCCGACUCCGGAACACGACGUUCACGUCCCGUCGUCAGCCCUCCGGAGAUCCGGAGCGCCUGAAUCUGGGGCCGAGGUGUUGAUGGUGGUCACCGUGCUCAACAGUACACAUUUCAAGCACCCAAGUAGAAAACACGGGAGAAGAUUGGUUCCAGGACCACCUAAGCCGACAGGCACAGUGUUAGGGGGCACCGUCCUCAUGGUGCAGGCGGUUGGACGCCCACUCCAGAACCUCACAGAACCCAUCACUUUAACCUUCAAAUACAACAAAAGGGUCGCCAGCGGGGUUUGCGUUUUCUGGGAGGAGCUAAAUCCGCGAGAUGGAACCGGUAACUGGAGCAAAUUCGGCUGCAACACCCGCAACACAGGAAGGGAAUUUGUUUGUCGUUGCAACCACUUGAGCUUCUUUGCUGUACUUGUGAACCCUGACCUCGUGCUGAGUGAAGAGGACGCGAUCAACCUGAGUUUGAUCACGUACGUCGGCUCGGCGCUUUCGGUCGUCUUCACCAUCAUCAGCUUGAUCGUCUACUCGUGUCUCAACAAACGGCAACCCGAAAGAGGCAUCGGCCUGCACAUGCACCUGACGGCGGCGCUGCUGUGCCUGCACCUCUGCUUCCUGCUCUCCUGCGCGUGGGCCUGGAGGCUCAGCGAGGGUCCGACCGACUGGGUGUGCCGGGCUCUGGGCCUCCUUCUGCACUGGUCUUUGCUGGCCACCGUCUGCUGGUCGGCCCUGGAGGGCUUCCACCUCUACCUCCUGCUGGUGCGCGUCUUCAACAUCUACAUCAGGAGAUACCUCCUCAAGCUCAGCGUGGUGGGCUGGGGUGUGCCCACAUUGAUUGCUCUGGUCUGCGGGGUGUCUGGCGUUUACGGCAAGUACACGCUGGAGUUUCGGGACUACGGAAACCGCAAUACAACAAUGCAGCUGUGCUGGAUCAGCAGCAAGUUCCGUCACAAACGAGCGGUCACCUAUGUCACCACGGUGGCCUUCCCCUUCUUGGCGGUCCUGUGCAACGCCUGCAUGUUGGGCCUGGUGAUCGUCAAGCUGUGGCGGUUGCGAGGAGGCGGGGCUAAAGGCGGCGGCGCAAAGGGCAGCUGGGAGAAGGCGAGCAGGUUGGGGAAGGACUGCGUGACCGUGCUGGGCCUCAGCUGCGUGCUGGGUUUGCCUUUCGGCCUGUUGACCGUCACCUACGUCGACCUGGUCGGCGUCUACGUCUUCACCACGCUCACCUCGCUGCAAGGUGUGUUCGUGUUCCUGUGGUCUUUGGCUCUCACGUGCAAGUCUCGGUCCGACACCGCCUCGACCUCGAAAGACACUUCCACUCAGAGAAUCAUGACCACCAGCUUCAACAGUUGACACGCAACAAACGUCCUCUCUUGCCUAUAUUAGGUUGUGUGUGUGUGCGUGAUGAUCUCUAAUGAAGUCACUCAAUUCACCCUUUCGGUUGAAUUUGAUCCACAAUGUUUAUUUUGGUGCUGACAAAAAAAAAAAAAAAAAAAGAAAAGAAACAUCUGCAUACAGAUGGAAAAUUGUAGUCCUCCACCAUGUCCUUAUCUUGAGUCUGGGGAUUUAAUUUCAUUGUACAAUUGUGUAUUACUGUUGUUUUGAUAAACCUGACUACGUUUCUUGAUUAUUUCUAGUGUUGCUGUUUGUCUAUAGUCUCCAAUGUGACGAAUUGGCGAGAGGCACGUUGAUUUCUUUGAGGACAGCAAUGUGUGUUAUGGACAUUUAUCUUAAUUAUUCUUUAAAAAGUUCUAGUUAUUCUCCUAAAUUAGAAUGUGAACGGUGGUAGUUGUCAUCAAGAAUUGACCAGAGAAGCUAUAGCACGAAUCCUGACGCCUAGAUUGUACGUUUAGAUUAAUUACCGUGAAUUGUUUUAAUCGUGCUGUUUAUUAUGAAAGUUGGUGGUUGUCAAGAAUAACUGGUAAAAGGACCUUAACGUGUUAUACUUGUAUAUAA